AUGGAAAUUGAAGAAGAUGAGGUGGCCUUUAAUUAUGUCAUCAAAGUUAUAUUGCCUCAGGGGAUUAAAGCCGAGAAUUUUGUGGGAAAUGCGAAAAGUCACUUUGAAAACGAAUUUUUUAAUGUAAGUUGAAUUUUUUGGUGAUUUUUGAUUGAAAACGAUUGUGAAAUAGCGCGAAGAUAAUGUGAAAAUCACUUUCAGACAUCGCUAAUAUCAACUCAACUCCAAAAACACUGGUUUUCCCUCGAUUUUGGCCAUACAAUGCUUUAUGUCAUCGAAUCCGAUGAAUAA